AUGUAUGUUGUGGCCUGUUUGGGAGUAUUUCUUCAAUUAUCCUGCAAGACGGGCCGAUUGAAGGUGGUUUUUUCUGUUCUGCGUUGGCUGUCGAAGCUGUUCAAGGACUCAGAAACGUACAAGCAAACCUUUACGCAGAUAAAUUUUUCCUCCGGACCAGGCAAUGAUGGUAGUGGCUCCCAGGCCACUGUUCCUGCCGAAGAUGCUUUAUAUGGAUUCAAACGUUGUCUGUCACUUCUUCGAGAAAAUGCGUACCUAAAUAGACGACAAUUACGAAUCCUUGGCAUUGUCGACUUCUCGUCACCGCAACCUCCACCUCAAACCUCAAAUGAUCACAUUCUCUCUUUGGCUAGUCAUUUAGUGAGAGCGUGUCUCGUGCUUUUAACUGAGGCGACUAGCUCCCAGAUUCUGUUGUGGUCCACCUACCUCAAAACAAAUCACACUACCGAAAGAGACCUGCAGCAUUUUCAAUCCUGUGCAUACCAGGUGUACCUCCUUCGUAAAGGCUCUCUGCCCCGGGAGAUUCACUUUCACACAAACCCCAGUAAGGAUAUCGCCUGGCGAGGAAUUCCGCCCGUAGGAGUCAUGGCGGUUGACGGUGGUGACGGGUGGGUCUACUCCGUAGAUUAUGUGGAUCGCGGUGAUGUUGUCACCUUUAUUCAAGUUGUGGACUCGGCAUCACCAUCGCCAGCAGCAUCAACGACGCCAAGUCUGCGAUACCAGCGAUGUGUGCCACAGAUGGACAGGAAGGCAGGCUAUUGUGUCUGUCCCCAGACCUACCAGACAAGCCACCGCAUAGCGCACCUGGCCUCGCAAGCCCACUCCCGCUACGUUGCUGUUGUAACAGCCUGCAACCGCCUCUUCGUGUGGGAGGCUCCCGAGAACGUGGAGGAGUUUCCUCUCAGUGGCAUGGACACUGGUGGUGAAGAUACGCAAAAGAUAGCCAACAGACAAAGGCUUUCUAGCCUAGGUGAAACCAUGUCACUUAGGGCUAAAGACGACGCAGCUAUUUUAGACAAUACGGCUCCAAGGCAGACGUCCUUGGUGUCUUCUGCCAUUGGUCGCAUUGCCUCCAUGUUGACCAAUAUCACUAGCCCCGCUUCGAGGGGUCUUAUCGAUAAGGACCUCGACUCUGCCCCUUCUUGGCCCUCGAUGGAGGUCGAUCUUCGGGAGUGGUAUACUCGGCGCCAGUAUUCCAACCACUUCUACCGUGACAGCUGCCUCACUCCACGCAUUUUGAAACUCCACCUUCUCUCCGGAAGCCCUCCACGCCUCGUUAUGGCAACUUUAACUGUGGGCGUCCUCGUCUGUCGGAUAGUUUUCGCCACGUCUCAGCUUCAUUUGCUCUACCGCCUACCAAGUCCACAGGCUUUGGACUGUGCCGUUGCAGAGGGAGAAGUGACAGCUGAUGAUUUCCGCGUGGCGGCCAUCAGCAGUUCGACGGCACUGGACGGAAUUGUUGUUGUGCUCUGGCAGUACGAUCUACCGACCCAGAUGGCUCUCUGGACUUCUACAGUCGGAGUGGAAGGGAGCACGGAGGUACUCGACUGUGGAAAACUCUACAGCCGCAUGAACCCCGCCUACUCCAAGCUCAUCCGUCCACCUGUCCCUAAACAAGAUGAGCUAGUUGAUGAGGUCUACAGUUUCCGCAGCAUCACCCAGGUCGUCUGCGUUGCAGAGCUAAUUGGCGCUCUCUCCGUGGACGGGGAGGUAUUCGUCUGCGCAGACUUAUCCAUCUCUAGUAACCUCGAGUCCGCCAGUCUUCCUCCUGGAGCCUCACUCACUCGCGCACAUCCGACUACCUGGGUCAAGUUGGAGCACAGCAACGGUCUCAGCAUCCGGGCCGGCUGGAUUUCUACGACUUUUCCCGAAUCCGAAGAAUCGCUGCUGUCGGAGGCCUUUCAAGCACCACGGGUCCGUUCUCGCCCACCUGGGAUUAUUGUUUCUGUCUGUCCGAAAAGCGGCUCAAGGUGUGCGGGUGGCUCGAUUGUCUGUGUUUCUGCCGUCGAUGGGUCCAUGGAAAUGCUAGAUUGGAUUGAUAAUUCAAUGCCUGGUGGGCUUCUUGGGUUGGAGUUUGUUGGUCCGUCUGCUUGUGUCGUGUAUCACCAAACGCCGCCCAUCUGGUCUAAAGUGUCUGCCACCGGCGCUUCCCCUCCUCCUCCUCCCCACCUUCCCAUGCUUCACCCGUUGGUUUGCGAGGUGUCCAUUGAGGUGAUCGACUUCCUCCUCUCUGCCAUCGAUCCCAUCAACUGGAGUUCCCAUGACGACGACUGUGCGGACGCCUUGUGCGCAAUUGAGUUGCUUACACUUCACCUUCUUGUCGCCGACUCACGCAAGUUCAUAAUCUCCUCUGAACUAAGCGAGCGGACCCUUCGAUUAUUAUCGUUGGUUUUAAAACGCACCCCGGAAUCGUCAAAGUUGCACACAGCAGCACGCCGAUGCAUAGUUUCGGGUUGGCCUCUGAUGGCACCUCGCACUACGGCCUCGCUCCUCGUGGCCCUCGAGUCGCAAUUGGUUGCUGUUGGGGAACGCAAUAUCAUGGUGCUUGACCUACUUCUCUCAUCAAUUUUAACGCAUUUCGGUAUCGAGACGGAAGGGGAUAAGCAAGAGGAUGUUGGGCUCCGUUUGCAUCGAACUCUGAUUGAACAAUUUAGGCAAUACUCGGAUCGCUCUUCUGAGCCUGGCUGUUCACACAGUCCCCUCUUAUCAUGCACCUCUGCGUUUAUCCUGAUCCUCACUAACCCCCAUUACUCUGCACUCACCUACAGACGUUCCCAGUGGGUACUUAAACACCAGUGUCCUCCAUUUGUGGCCUAUUCGCCAUGCUCCGGAUCUAAACAGGUUUUCGUAAAUGAGAUGGUUUCUAGCAGGAAUCUAGCAUGUGAGCUGUUCGCAGAGGCUUUGAGCAAGCUAAAUCCUACCCAGCCCGAGGAAUUGAGCCUCUGUAAGCCGUGUUUGCCCAGUGCGACGGUUGAACGACUUCUCAAAUUCACCUUGGCUGCGCAAGACGAACUAACCAACCUCGUUGCCGUCUUACUGCGAAGACCAAAACAACCCGUGGAGCCAUCCUCUCCAACCAUCGACGAUAGUGAUCCUUCUCUUAAGGCGGCCCUUCAUGUCUUGGCCACGCACUGUCGUCAGGUGAGAAGCGAGGCGCGCGGUCUGCUUCAACGCCUUUCUGACAGCCCCGACGCGGCCUCAAUCAGCGUCCUCCUCCAAUGCCAUGGUCUAACCCAGUGUCUGCCACAUCUUUCCCACGGUCUUGCCUGGCUCUACAGUGAGGUUUUUAAAGAAGGUGUCGUCGAAAGUGGGCAAGGCCAUCUGCUAAAGCUCCUUCUCGAGAUGGAGCUACCAAGGCUGCUGUGUGAGGACCUGCUUAGACCCUUGGAUGAUUUGAAUUGUCUCUGCAAAGGCGCCGAUGCCAGGGAUAUAGACGCUCUCUUUAUGAACUCCAAACAAGCCAAACAUUGGAGAGAAUGGACUCGACUAACUUCCAAACACCCCAACGAUUUCCUCAAGCCAGCGCGAGAUGAAUCUCCUGAUAGCCACUGUGUCGUCAUUAAUGAUCUUGUCUACGAUGUAAAAGGACUACAGGAGACAUUCCCUGAGCUACUCCCCAUCAUCGAUCUCAAAGGCCUUGACGUGUCCACUGCCUACCGAACUCUCAAUUUGUCCCUCGAAGCGCGACGAUCGUUGGCGGCCAGGUGCCUGGGUCCUGUGGAGCACAACGCCCCCAUCGACCUGCCGGCGCAACUGUACGACGUUGAGGCCUCCCUCGUGGUGUGCUACAUGCAGUGGAUAGAAUCACUCUUUAACGUCUCAAUCCCAGAUUCUUGUCCCAACGCGCUGCUUUAUUUUCCCUCCUUUAAAACCUACCGGCACAAUCUACAUAGAAUUCCUUGCCCAUUCGUGGAGGCGUUUAUCGAGGGUCAGAAUUUGCCCUUAAAACACUACAUCAUUGGUCGCCUACCUUUCCCGAGGUUGAAGAAUGAACAGGAGCUGAAAGCCCUUGAAGAGUGCGUGGUGUAUGCAGCCGCGGCCAUGUUCUAUCACACGGGCACAUUGCAGUUCUUUCUCACCGAAGCAAUGGCCGUCGAGCCUGACCUAAGCGGUGUGAAGCGAUACAUCCCCGUGCUGUCUCGGUUUAUUCUAAAGUUGAUCUACCUUCACCAAUCAGGCGCGUUGUAUGUGGAUCUCCUCUCGGACAUUCGUGAAAGAUGUCGUCUUCUAUGCACUCACCUUGAGCCGAUCGUGUUUUCGCACGGGAUCACUGUGGCCUCGUCUGACGUGCACCACCAAGGCUCUGGGGGCACGGAGCAGGACAGAGACAUUGACGAGAGCUCGUGUCGCUCUGCUUCCGCUUCCUCCGCACCAGUCCCCUCGACCGUCCGCACGGCGGCCUUCGCUCCACCACCACCGCCACCACCACCAUCAAAGUGGCACUGGGCCUAUCAGCGACUGCGGUCUCGCAUGUCCCGGCCUGAAAGCUUCCAUCUGUGGUCAGGGCUGUUUGCGGCCUUGGUGGAUUCGCGCAGUCGGGCCUACCUCUCGUGGCUCCAUGGAAAGAGUGACCCCUCGGACAUAUUCGGGAAGACAAUCGAGGACAUAUCGAGAUUUUGCCUGGACACUUCCUUGGAUUUAAAAGCGGUCGACACUGUCGUGAAUACAGAAUCUCAAUUUCUUGAGGAGACGUUUUCGCUGUGGAAGAAAGGCCUCAAGCACCUUGAGUGGGUUUUGCCCGUUCUUUGCACCAAAGCCCCAACGCCGUCGCCUCGGCCUCUCAUGCCCGGGAUCUCCUUGCUCGCGGCCACGCGGCUUCUGGCCACCAAUAGCGGUCGCCCACAUUUAUUCGCCAAGUGCUUGGACAGCCUCAAUGCCGUCAAGCGAGGGUCGUUUCAGUUUUCAGCUUACCUCGGUGUGGGGGAUCGCACUGCGUAUAAUCCAAACGGAGCACCGGCUCUUCUUAAUCUGCGGCACACUCGUCAUGGGUGUGCUGGGGAUGCGCUCCAAGAUGCCUCCCCCCCCCCCAACCCUCCGACACCUUUCUUCUACGUGGGGAGUCCGCCUCAUUUCGGAGCGGGCAACUCGCACACGAACUUCUGCCCUUCCCUCUCCUCCCAAACUAGCCGUCGACCACAGAUCCCCGCCGAGUUGAGAUUGUUUUUUUGGCCACUAGACCCGGUCUCCGUAGUCAUGGUUUUCUUUGCUGUAGAUGACAAAAUCAGUAAAGUCCUCGAAUGCCAUCUUCCAUCGCAACUAGAGCAAAGCUUCGUUGCUGCACGAGGAGACUUCGUUGCCAACCUCCUGCAACGUCUGCGAGAUCUUUUGAUCAAAGCUGAGGAUUUCCUAAUCGCGAGCAUCUGCAGCAACACGCCGAAGCCCUUUUGUUUGGAAGAUUUCAUCAACACAAAGGAGAUUGUGCUGUUGCUUCAAUGCCUGUCGGAAAUGCUCGUGCAGAUUGGUAGCUUGGAUUCGCCGACUCUCGCUCUACACAGAGCUUCCUUCUUUGCCCUCCUUCAAAAGCUGGAAAAAUUGACGACUGGUGGUCUUCCUCGGCGUGGCGGCAAGUCCUCGCUUCGACCCUUCGUGGAGCGCAUUUCAAGUAGAUUUGUUCUAACUGUUGUCUCCUCUUCAACAAUGCUUCAACCUCGACUCUACACUGCAGCUCUUCAAAUGUUGGUGGCUCGUUUGCACAUGUGGAACACCGUCGACGGCAUUCAUGCGAAUUCUAAGCUUGUGGAUACACUCUCAAUGACACACAGUCUGCUUCGCUGCUGUCGUGAAUGUCUGCACCUAGAGAGACUCUUUACUACCAGCACUUGGCGACAGUGUCGUGCAGAGAUUUUCAAAAUCUUCAAAAGCUCCUGCUUCAACAUCUUCACGCACUACGAGGCCGGACUCUCCUUGUUCUCCUGCGACAAUCUUUUUAGUUAUCAAGCAGUGAUUCUCGCUGCGCAGACGCUGGGAUCGGUCCUUCCGAACUCGCCACCAGACAUCGAGAUUGGGUUGUCUCUCUGGUCUACCCUCCAGGCGGGUCUGUUCAUA